AAAUGGAGGAUUUGUGUUUGUCAAGGUAGUUUUGUUUACGCGUAAAUUUUCAUUCGGUAUCAACUUCGCGCGCGUUUUGUGUGUGUCAAGAGGUAGAUGAAGGAUUUAAGAUGUCCCGCAAUCACAAGGACAAGUAUGAAAACUCUAACCCACGUCGUACUCACACUUUCAUGUCCACGGAGGAUGCAAACUCUGGGAAGAAAUCUUAUUGGCCGGAGUUGGAGAUAACAGGCAGUAUAAGAAAUCUGAGCCCAAACUUAUGGCAGUUAACACAUUUGACAGCAUUGUAUCUCAAUGAUAAUAGUUUGCAAAGGAUACCACCUGAAAUUGGUCGGCUGGUCAAUCUGCGUGCUUUAGAUCUCAGUAGCAACAAAUUACGCAGUUUGCCAGCAGAACUGGGGGACCUCAUCUACCUCAGAGAAUUGUUAUUGAAUCAAAAUUACCUUCGCGUGUUACCAUACGAAUUAGGAAAGUUGUUCCAGUUGAGAGUGCUUGGACUUCAGGGUAAUCCACUCAGCAAGGAAGUAAUGGCAUUGUAUGGGGAACCAUCAGGAACUCAUAAGCUGCUUUCAUAUAUGCUGGACAACUUACAAGGUGAGUCACGAGAAUUACUAAGGUUAUAAAUGGGUGAAUAAUUCGCAAG